ACGACCAGGAAAUGGCAUUUCACAAAAACAACUGCGGUGGCUUGCCCUAGCUCCUCGUUCCAGAGGCCAGUUAGAAGAGCACAGCGAAAACGGCAAUUUUUUCGUCCAAGUGUCGUCAUAAGUGCGACAGCCAGGACUGGGUAGAUACGUGCACAGCAGUAUCACGUCGUCCCCGGGAAUUAUAUGCACACCCGAUUACUGCCCCAGUUUUCCUUACAGCGCCGUUACGCUCAUCCGGAUAUCUUACCUAAGCUUAUCCAGCGGGUCUCUGAACACCCGUCACAGUAACGAGCGGUAAGCGCGGCGUACGUCAGCAUUCGUGGCUGUCGCACGCAUCUGUCGCACGCAGUUGAAUCUGUCGCGGAUAUUUCAACGUAAACGUUUUUGCAAAGCAAGCUAGACGAUUGUAGCCGUUGGAACUUCAGCGUAUGGCGCUAGUUGACCGUUGGACGGCCGACGACGAUGCUGACUUGGUCUCUUUUCCAACAGAGGGCGCUUUUGUUUAUUCUAAUACCGAAUCCUUCGAUAUCGAGACCUGUUCCUUGGUCCGAGAGCCUCAUGCGUAUCCGGACGAUGAGCUUACGGGCGAGGCAUGGGGGGAGAACACGACCGGUCGAGCGAUGAUGAUGAUGCGCACCCACGACGGUUCGCGAAUGUCGGCGGUUUCGAUAGUAGAAGCCGAAUGUGACAACUGCGAAGGUUGGGGAGACAGUGUGUGUCAGGAGGGAGGGCCGGUAAGGCGGGGAUUGGAUCGUAACGAACCAAGCGCGGUUCGUCUGCAGCCUCGUGGAUUGCUUAGGCGGCGAAGUGACCCGUCCGAUUGGUACUACGUGCCUUUCCCACUGUCUAGUUCGCACCAGGGAGACUCCCUCCAUGCCCGUAGCAAUAAGAGCGUCCUUCCAAAGUCGAGCUCCGGUCCUACGUUCCUAUAUCCUUCCGCUCCUUCCGCUCCUUCCGCCCGCCGAUUCCUCCACCGCUCCUCCGCUCCCCACGGUGCACCCUCCGCGCAUCCCGAAGCCUCCGCGGAGGCGGAAAAUCCCGCAUUUUCCCCUGCGGGCCUUGCGUUUCCCCCUACUGCAGGCGCGCAGCCAACGCUGCUCCGCAAGUCCUCCGCUCCCCCUUUGCGCGCCAAUGCCCCUGCCACCCGCAUUUUUGCGGAGACCUACGCGCCCGGCUGGGGUUCCUUCAGCGAACGAGCGGCGGAUACUAUCGCAAUCGCUACAACAGCGGAUAGUACAGGGGAAGUCAGGACGGGAAAUGCGGCGGGAAACGGGGGGAGGGAUACCGCUUUAACGCGCAGGCGAACAGUAGAGGCGAUGCCGGUUUUCGGGAGUCAAUUGGUGGCUGACACCUUCUCCGAGCGCCCCUCCCGUCGCCUGGAGCAGCAGCAGCAGCAGCAGCAGCAGGUGUGGCGGCGAAAGCUGAGCGUUGAAACGAGGUCCGGUCUUGACAGGGGCGAUGGAGGUGCGGCGGGGGAAGGAGGGCCCGAUGGUAGCAGUACGGCCGCACGGGGCAUGUUGAACGGGCUGCGUGGACCAACAUCAGCAGCGCCAAUGGACCCAGCAGCACGAGUGGAAGCCGCAGCACCACCAGCACCAGCAGCAGCAGUGGCGCCGCUGACUCCAGACACUCCCGUGCCUGGGAGCAAGGGCCUGUGCUGGCCCACUGAGAGGAAGGGCGCCAGUGGCAGUGGUGCCGGCCGCAGCGAUCUAAGCAGAGCCAGCUGUGCUGUUUCACGCUCUAUCCCCUUCAGUGAAAGCGACGAGCUGAGUGAUACUAAGGAGCGUGGCGAGGAGCAGAGAGACGCUGAGGAGCAGAGAGCGUUGCAGUGUGGAGGGGGGGGACCGAGCAGGGGUGGAAGGAGUAUGGGUCCGAGGAGAAGAGUUGGCAGCGAUGUGCCCAAGUCAGUGACGUGGGGCGACACACAGAGCAAACCAGCAAGGAGCCGCGUUGUUGUGCUGCCUAAAUCCGUGUCUCUGUCUGCAAACGCGUCAGUCACCAGCUUGGGUCCCAAUUCAGGUUCGAGUUCGAGUUCAGGUUCAGGUUCAGGUUCAGGUUCAGGUGAGCGGCACCUCAGGCAGCAUCGACGCGGGUGGAGCAUUGCGGGAGCAGCAGCAGCAGGCGCUGUAUGUAGCUGGGAGCGUAGAGUGGCAGAGGACGCAUCUUCAAGCCCCUUAAACGAGCACGGGGAUUCCAUAGGGGGCGAGCUUGAUGAAUGCAAUGAGCAGCAGCAGCAGCAGCAGCAGCCACGGCCGCAGCUACAGCUACAGCAGCAUCACCAGACGCAGCAGCAGCAGCAGCAGCAGCAGCAGCAGCAGCAGCAGAAACAGCAGGGGACAAGGGAGCCACAGCAGGUGCAGCAAAAGGCACGCAGCGGGCCUCUACAACCCCCCCCAGGUGGUGGUGGCGGUGGUGGUGGUAGGCGGUCAGUGCACUGGAGGAGCCACAGCACUGUUGAACGGUCGCACUCAUGCACUCCCUCACUCACUCACCCUCUCACUCCCUCUGCCACUCACUCGCACACUCCCUCUGCCAAUCACUUGCACACUCCCUCGCUCGCUCACUCAAACGCGCCCUCUCAUCCUCACUUCUGUGAGGGGGUGGGGUAUGAAGAGGCGCGGGGGGACGUGAGGGACGAGGAGGGGGGAGAUGGGGGAGAAGGGAAGGAGGGGAAAGGCAAGGGAGGGGUGGAUGGAGGGAGGAAAGGAGGUAUAGGGAGGCACGGCCGCAGCAGGAGCCUGGUGGCCCUCCGAAGCAAGUAUGGCAGCAGCAACAGCACUGCUUCUGGUGAUGACGUGGGUGGUGCUUCAGACUUCUCCCCUGCCGCGCUGCCUGGGUUCUUGCUGUCUGCAGCCUCGGCUGCUGCCGCCGCCGCUGUGUGUGCGGCCAGCUCAGCAAGCAGAGUGGUCCAGAGAAGGCAGAGCUCAUCCUCCGCAUCAUCCAGCCACUCCUCUUCUGCUGCAGGGGUUGCUGGCAGCAGCAGCAGCGGUAACAUGUCGAGGAGGAAAAAAGGGAGGAGCAUGAGCAGCAUCGGUUUGCAUUCCCAGCCACAGCCGCACAUUCCUAGCGGCAGCUACAAGACGAAUACUUCUGCCAGGCACAGGCGUACUGUCAGUGAGUUUCACCACAGCGCCGCUUCUGCUGCUGGUGGUGGUAAUGAUGGUGAUGGUGGUGGCAGCAGCAGCCUCUGUGGCAGCCCCAGCAGCAACCGUGCUGGGAGAUUCGACCACCCCAGGCACGCCAGUGCUGGUGCCCUGGCUGCUCUCACCAGCUGUGCCUUCCCCCGCAAUCCAAGCCCCCUCUCCUCCCCUGCUCGCCCUGCCAGCUACAGCACUGGCCGCGCCAGCAGCCAGAGAAACAACUUGAAGAGUCCUCUGGGCUCUCCCUCUCUCCGCACCCUUUCUCCUUCCCUCUCUCCUUCUCGCUCUCCCUCCCGUCGCUUCCCCACGUCCUCCUCUCUCUCGCGCCCCCGGACCCCAUCCCCUCUCUUCCCUCCCUCCUCAUCCAUCUCCCCGGGAUGCUCCCCCACACUCUCUCCCGCUCACUCCCCCACUCGCUCCCGCAACAGCAGCCCCAUCCCUCGCCUCCGAGCCUUGGACCUCCCAAGCCUGUUCUUCCGAGCCUGCAGCCCAGGCUCGUCACCUGGCCGAAGCUCGUCGCCUGGCCGAGGCUGCUUGGCAGGCCCGGCGCCCAGCUGCUUUGGGUACAUGAGCAGUCCCCAAGGGUAUGGAGGCAGGUCACCUGGGAGCAGCAGUGAGAGCAGCGAGAGGAGUGAAAGCGGUGGCAGUGAUGGUGGCGGUGACAGUGAUGGCGGUGACGGCACUUACAGCCCUGCUGGUAGCAUGGUCUUGCACUUGCAUAAUGAUGAGUGUGGGGAGGAGUGUGGGGAUGAAUGUGGGGAGGAGUGUGGAGAAGUGAGUGGGGAGGAGUGUGUGGUUGGAGAAGAGAUGAGAGGGGGGAGCGAUGGAGCAGGAGAGGAUUCUGAAGAGGAGGAAGGAGAAGAGAGCAGAAGUGAGGGAGGAGAGGACGGGGAAGUGGAGGAGGGAGAAGUAGAGGAAGGAGAGGAGGGAGGAGGGGAGGGAGAAGGAGAGAGGGAAGAAGCAACCAGAGCAGAAAGCAGAGAACGCAGUGAGGGAAUGGAGGGACGAAGCACGGGCCAGGAACGUGUAAUGGGGCAGCUUCUUGCUCCAUUGACGAAAGAGAGUCUGCCUGUAACGAGUAUGGGUCCUCCAGCAACCCCUGUGGAUUCUGCACGGCCUACAACCCCCGCACCUACCACCACCCUUGCUUCCACAGCUCCUGAUCCCUCACCUCAGCGCAUCAACUCAACUCCCCCCUCCACCCCGCCACACCUGGCCCCUCCUUCACGCCCCAUCACCCCGUCCCUCCUCAACCAUCCCUCACGCCCCAUCACCCCGUCCCUCCACAACCAUCCCUCACGCCCCAUCACCCUGUCACGCCCCGUUACCCCGAUUGUUCGCCAGCCCAGUGCAGCCCGCAGCUUCCUGCAGGAGCUCAGUGCAAGGCGGCCGCAGGGGGUGGCCAUGGGGGGUGUGGCUGGGGAGAGGGGAGGACUCCAAGUCAAGGAUCUUGGUGGGGAUGGUGGUGGCUUGAAUAGGACGGCAGGUGCAAGUGGCGCGGAGAGUAGGGGACGAGAGAACGUGAACCACGGUGGUCUCACUGGUGGUGAUGCAAGAAACGGUGGGCGGCGUUCCUUGUCGCCAUUAGGACCCCAGCUGCUGCCCGACGCUAUGUCAGGUCCCCGCCCGGUACCCUGCCACAGGCAUGCCACAGGCGUGCAGAGCACAAGCACACACAAUACCAAGGCAAGCGCACACAUGCUUCUGGCUGCCCAGGCACAUCUGGGCCGCUCGUACAGCAGCGUUGCAUCUCACGCCCAAGAAUUAACGGCUGGGAUGUCUCUGGAGCACGUCCCACAAGUGCCUCUUCUCCCCCAUGUGCGGCCAGCGCCGCUCCGCACAGCCAGUAUGAGCAUGGCGGGGGAGUCUAUAGAGGGGAUGGGCAGGGUUGCUGGCCGGGUGGCAGCAGAAGACGCACAGAGGGGAGAAAGAGGAGGAAGAGGAGGAUGGCGAGAGCAAGGAGGUAUUGGAGGUGGGAGUGUGAUACGACCAGUGACUUCAGGGGGGAACAUGGGUAUGGUGGUGGUGAGGCAUGGCACGAAUGCUUCUGGAGUCAUGGGAGGCAUGGGAGGCAUGGGAGGCAUGGGAGGAAGAGGGGAUGCAGGAAGGAUGGGGAACAUGCGUCAUCCGCACAUGACAGGGAUGGGUAUGAUGAGGCGGUGUGGCAGCAUGAACAUGGCUUCUGACGUGGAUGAUCCCUACUGGUCCGGUCGUGGUGAUGACAUGGAUGGCUUCGACCAAGGGCUGUAUGCUGAUGUGGAUGGAGUGUGGGUCGAAGGUACGGAACCUGGAUGGCGGAGUGGUGCUGGUGUCAGCAUGAGGCUGCAUGAUGUCAGCAUAAUGCAGCGGCCAUACUCUUCUGGAGGGCCUCCCAUGGGUUUGGCGAGAGGGAUUCACAAGGGUGCUCCAAUGGGCAUGGGUGCUCCAAUGGGCAUGGGUGCUCCAAUGGGCAUGGGUGCUCCAAUGGGCAUGGGGGGUUCUGUGAACAUGGGAUCUGCUGUGGGCAUGGGCGCUGGACUGGAUCACCGUGGAAAACACACAGGUAUGGUCAAGAUGGGCCUUCAUAGACACAUGAGCAUGAGCAUGGCCCCACAACUGUCGCAUUAUGACGAUGAAAGGACUGGUCGUCGUGCUGAUGAGGGUGAGGAGGAUGAAUGGGGGGGUGUUCCGGCUCGUCCUGGUGCUGCCACACCUAGUGGGUACACCCGUGGCCUUGACCGGAGCAGCAGUUCAGGAUUUUAUGUUCUUCAGCGGGCGGGAUCUGAAGUGUUGUGUUUAGAUCCCGACAGUUAUGCCAUGGAGGCGUAUACGUCAAGGGUGGGCAAAUUUGGCAGAAAUGCGUGGCAGUACUAAGGGACUUAGGGGCCACGAUUCUAGUGGAGGGGUACAACAAGCUGUACUCAUCGAUGCUGUUGUAGUUGUAUAGCAUAUUGUAUAUUGUGCUUUAUG